CAGGCAUGGGAAAGUUCUCCCAACUUUUUCCGAUUACAUCGAUUCUUUUUAAAGAAGGCGAACAUAAAGCGAGAGGAACUGCAGACCGCUACUGGAAGCUGCGGAGGGGGACAUCAAACGCACAGUGAGCGCUGAGGCCAUUAAGCCAAUAAGGAGACAAACCCCUUUUCACGAGAGAGAAAGGAGCAGAGGAUGUCCAGAGGUGACUGGUCCUUCCUGGAGCACCUGCUGGAGGAGGGCCAGGAGUAUUCGACAGGCAUUGGCCGCAUCUGGCUCACUGUACUCUUCCUGUUUCGCCUGCUGGUACUGGGAACAGCUGCUGAAUCUGCCUGGGAUGAUGAACAAACUGACUUUGUCUGCAACACGCGCCAGCCUGGCUGCACUGCUGUGUGCUACGACAGAGCUUUCCCCAUUUCCCACUUUCGCUACUUUGUCCUGCAAGUCAUCAUAGUCUCCACGCCGACCAUCUUCUACUUUGGAUAUGUGGCUUUAAGGGCUGGGAAAGACAAGAAAGAACAAGAGGAUAAGAAUGAGAAGCAGGCAGAAGAAAGCAGAAGUAAAGGAGGAGAAAUUGUUAUAGAAAGAGACAGUAACUAUGCGACUAAAGACAAUGCAGAAAAGAAGGAGAAACAAGAGGAUGGUGGCAAAUGCAGAAAAGCUUACAAGGUCCCUCCUGUGGCUCCUAAACUGAAAGGCAGGCUGCUGUGUGCAUAUGCAUUCAGCAUCCUGUUGAAAGUCUUUCUGGAAGGUGGCUUUAUUGUAGGUCUGUGGUUCCUUUACGAUGGGUUCUACAUUGCAGCAAAGUUUGAGUGCAAGGGUUUCCCUUGUCCUCAUACGGUGGACUGCUUUGUCUCUCGGCCCACAGAGAAGACCAUUUUCACCAUUUACACUCAGGUGAUCGCUUCCAUCUCCCUGCUUCUCAACCUCAUUGAGCUGCUCCACCUCCUUCAACUUGCCAUCUCCCAUCGACUGGAGAAACAUUACUACACCCAGCACCAGGACCAUCUACCUCAGGCAGAGAGGACAACAGCACGAGAGGAGAUUCCAGAAGUCGUAACAGAGCCAUCACAGUCUUGCAAAACAGCGAGCCAUGUUAACCUCCCUGUCCAGAGUAAGGCUGCACGUUACUCCAACCCCUGUGAGAGCUACAGGGAUCUGGCGAUAGAGGUGAACUGGGGACCUGGUGAGGCUGAGAGUGACCCGCUUCCUACUUAUGUGAACUGCAUGGGGGCAAUGAGGACCACACAUUCACCAAGAGUCCAUUAUAAGAAACACACACACCACACUGGGAAAAUCACUAAGGGUGCCCUUAAGGGACACUCAAAACAAAAACAUUAUGUAUGACACGGUCAGAUGGGGUAAUGUGUUACUUGUGACUGUGAAAGCUUUGUUUGAUUUCUGAAACUUCCACUUUUUUGUAAAUACUAUCUUGCACAUGACACUUGACUAUCAGGGUUGCAUGGUCAAACAACUAUUGCACUGUGAACCUUAUGCCUCAGAGGCAGGCGGAGGUUCGAACCAAGAUUUGCCAGACAAACUGACCUAUUCAAAACAAAUCAUUUUGAGAGCAUUCCACAAGGCAAAGAAAAUGAGGAUCCACCAUGAAGGAAGAUACAGUCAUAAUAUGCCUUCAUGUUACGUUUAACGGCUUUUGGUGUUGAAUGUAACAGGGGGAAAUAAAACACUGCAUCAGGGGGAUAUUGUUUGAGUGCAUAUGGGAGAGUAUGCAGCAGGGCCACAUUUCAGCAUAUUCCUCUGAGAUUUGCAGUGUAACCCUUGGAGUUCUUUCAACCCUUCCCUCCCUCCUCUCCCAUGCCUGUGUUCACACUGUGGAAUGAAUUGGUCUCUGGAUCCUGCUCAGCUACCAAGUGGAUAAUGGCUACGUGGAUGCAGGCAUGCAUGCAUGCACACGCACAAUGUGCAAUUCCCCCCUUUCACCCAGUGAGUUUUGGUCACUCAAAUUGGGGUUAUGGACUGGGGAAGAGAAGGGGAGCCAAACCAUGAGAAUCCUGGGAUCGUAAAUGACUUCUCAUUGGCAGUGACCACUGUAUUUUAGCUCUGAAGAAAGAGGAAGAGAGAGGACAACUUCGUAUUAGAUGGCAAGAGCUGAAUAAUGGAGAAAAGACAAGUAUCUGGUUUGAAAAUCAAACCUUUUGGGAAGCUCGAGAACCUAAAAAAUGCAUUAGUGAUUGAAAGAUUAAUGGACUAAAAGCGGUACAGAAAUACAAACGUAAUGAAAGGAAACAACUGUCUGAAAACUGUAUUUAAUGUUUAAAGUAAUGUGAAGAAAUACCAGUGCUAAUAUUUAUUACUUUGUGUAAAAUAAAAUACCAUUAAUAAAUAAUGACACCAUGAAUUUAGGAUGGAAUUACUCAACAAAUUAAAAGUCUUCAAAUCAAUGACAAGCUGCAUCAUUCAUGUUAUACAAAAUAGAUUAAUGGUAUACAGAAAACACAUUCCAAUACACACUGAUGGGUUGUGUAUAUUGUGUGUAUUGUCUUACUCCUUUGAGAACAGGGAUGAGAUUUCUGUGUGGGGAAAAUGUCUCUGAAGUGUGUAGUGCUUCUUUGUCCAACCAUACACUUUCCACUAUCCAAAUACUGUCACAAUACAGAGGCACUGAAUCACUCAAGAGAAAGCGUUUUGGGGAUAAUAGAAGGACGGAGGUGUGGAGAAAUAGAAGAGCCUUACAGCGUAUUAAAUGCACCAGAAGGGAAAAAAAUGGAGGGAAAUAACUUAGAUUUAAUGGCUGUUUUUAAAUCUCUAGUUCUGGCUGUAUAGGGAACAAAGGGAUCAAUUAUAUGCCAGUAAAAGUUCAUACAAGGUGGAACAGCACUUUCUAUUUCAUAUCCCCCAGGGGGUCCUGACUGUGAACGCCGUUUUCGAAGAAAGCGAUUGAUAAAAUCCAGAGCUCAGCGCCUUCCACAAAAGGUGCUCGGCCAGGCUCUGAAUAAAAUGUAGCCAUACAUCUUCUCAGGGAGGCAGCCGCCGCGCUCUGCUGUACGGUGCUCAUUUCCACCAAUUUACCGAACUGUCUCCAUGACGAUAAGGAGUUAUCUAUAGCAGGAAAGUGGGGUUAUGGGAAAUAUAAGUGAGACAGGUUCUCAUGAAACAAACAGCUUGAACUGCGUGAGGCCGAAAAAGAACUGCAACAAGAAGCUGAAACACAGAAAUUAAAUAAAGAAUCUAACUUUUGCUGCAAUGUUAUCAACAUGUUUUAUGGAUUAAUAAUAAUAGGAAGACUCAGAUUCAUUUCCUCAGAGUGGAAUGUGUUUUUACCGUUGGCAGCCCAUUCCUGUGUCAAGGAUAAAUUGGCAGAUAUUGUUGAGAGAACAAUCCAAACAGAGCCUGUUGAAGCUUCCCAAUUCGGUGCCUGUUCACAAAAACUUGGCUGGCAUUCCCGUGCAGCCUUGUUAUCUCAGUGCAUGUAUGCGCACUUGCAUGGAUGUGUCAACAAGAUUUGUUCGUGUGUGUUUUCGCAAAAGCCCAGGGGUCACAGAACAGAUUGCUCGGGGGCGACCCACACCGGCCCUCUGCCUGCCAACCAAAGCCGGCAGUGGAGCAGCGGCGCUCCCUUUUGCAUGCAUCUUUCUUAAAGCCAACCAAGCGGGAGAAGUCAUACACCCUGCUCUGUUCUUUCCACAGAGUAAACUCUCACCUCCUGUUCAGUGAAGCAAAUAUAAACCCAAGAUGAGAACAACAGAGCAGCUCACAGCCAUUUACUUCUCUACAGUCGGUAUCUACCCACCUGAAAAAAAGUGCAGCCCUCCUAUGAAGCCCCCCAACUGCGCAGAUGAAAGUGAUGUUAUGGCUACAUGUUCUUCUGUUAGGACAACAGGACACAAGUCAAAUGCUCCCCCAUUCAUUGGCUUGAUUAUCUGUUAGUCACGUCUAGACUAUUUCCCAAACUCAGAGCAAUCAAAUCAAACACACACUGCUUUCAGAGGAU